AUGAUCCCCACUUUUCAAUUUACUCGUAUCCAAACAAUAAUCGUCUGUGGGUUAACUGAUGUAAUACCGAUGGCUUUCAGUUUGUAUUUAAUAUCGUAUAUACGCGAUCUGAAUACUGCAAUCAUCACGACGGACGCCAAACUAAGAAAGAAGCAGCUACUGAGGGGUGCGGAGGCGGGGAACAAGCCAACUGGCGCUACAACUGAGCAGAUCUUGUACUUCUUAUGCUCAUUCACGUUUCUUCUUUCUCGGGCUUUGCUCAUGUCUUUGCUGGCAGCGAGAGUACACACCGAAGCGAAGAAACCACUUCUGAUUUUGUUCGAUGUCUCAACGCAAGAAGAUAGUAAAGAAGUACAACGUUUUCGUCUCCAAAUGAUGUAUAACCCAAUCGCAUUGACUGGUUCGUUGUUUUCCAUCACAAGAAGCACAAUACUAAAGUUCUUCAGUACGAUCAUGACUUAUGAGUUAGUGUUGCUACAGCUGAAUGAAAAUCAAAAAGAUACAACUACCGUGGGACACCUGAAUGAAACAUUGCAUUUACCUUAA